AGGGGGCGGGGCUACGUGGAGGCGGUGGCAUUGUCAUCAAAAUGGCGGUCGCGACCCUCGCGCCGACUGUCCGUGUCUUCUUCCUGGGACCAGAGUGUGGUGCUCCUCAGCAGAUCUGAACAUGACCUCAUCCGUUCCAUAUUUCCUCUGUCGUUGCUGCCAGCAAUGUCAAAGGGCCAGGCACCGGGCGUUUUCUACCACCCUCUGCCGCUUGUCGCAGGCCAGGAACAGCAGCUACUAUGACCUGUUGGGAAUCAAGCAGGAUGCAACCCAGGAGGAGAUCAAGCAGGCCUUCUUCUUCAAGUCAAAGAAGCUCCAUCCCGACAGCGAUCCGGCCAACCCGGACCUGCACAGCCAGUUCGUGAAGCUCAGCGAGGCCUACCGGGUGCUGAGCAAGCAGAACAGCCGGAGGCGCUACGACAGCUUGCGAAUGGCCCAAAAGUGGGGCCCUGCCAGCUAUGGCAGCCGCUCCCAGAGCGACCCAUUUGGUUUCGGCGACUUUGCCCCGAGGAGCAAGUCGAAGCCCGACGAAAACACGCAGUACUGGCAACAGUUCCACCAGCCCUCUGGCCCCGAGUUCGAGAGAAGGCACGGCCACAACAUACGAGUCUUUACCUACUGUGUGCUUCUCAUGCUGGGCAGCGCGAUGGUUCACUACGUAGCGUACAGGAAGCUGAAGGAAACGCACGACCGUUUUAUGGACGAUAAGGAUCUGCUCUUAACCCGGAUAUAUAACGAGAACAAGGAACGAGCCAGGUCCAUGGGCAUCCAGAAGCAACAUGAGGUGCUGCGGCAGAAGCACGCUGAAUUCACCGAGCGGUAUCGCCUCUCGGAUGUGACCGGAGCCUUGGACGCUGUGAAAGACCCGUCUCCUCCUGCCUCCACUGCCAAAUAGAACGGACACGGAGCCCAGUUCCUAAGCCCUGGAUGUUUUCCUUCGACCGUUGCUGGCUGAGGCUGACCGCUAAGGAGAGCAAGUGUGCUUCUUCUGUUGAAGGAGGGCGCUGUUGGUUGGCCAGGCCCACGGCCUCUCCGUUGACCCGUCUUUCCAAUAGAAGCGUCUUCUUACAAUAAAAAUAGGACGGCCCUCA